AUGGAGCCGGGAGCGCCAAUCAGCAGCGUUGUUGACGGGGUUCAAGGCAUUCCAAACCAGCCAUCCACAGCUUCUCCCUCGUUGAAGCUUUCCUCUUCUUCUUCUUCUUCUGCACUCGUUCAUCCCAUCUUUGUUGUUGUGCUGUUUUCUACUUAUACAUCACUCACCCUUAAUAUACCAUACCAAUUAUACAGCAUUUUGAUCUGUUAUCACGACUUUACAGAUUAUACACACAAUGGCUUUCUCCAAAUACCUUGUUUCUGCCUUGAUGGCCUCUGGCGCCGCCUAUGCUGCCUCAAACAACUGCGCUGCGAGACUUUCGAGGGUGACAUUGUCAUUUUGCCCCAGGCUGCGAAUGGCCUUACAUUCAACGGUAUCCAGGAGAUUACUGGUAGUUUGACCGCUGACGGUGCCACCAACGUUACCUCGAUCUCUGCUCCCCGGCUGACUACCAUUGGCGAUGAGUUCGGCUUGUCCGGCAUCAUUCUGUUGACCUCGCUCAAUUUCCCUGAGCUUCUCACUGUUGGCUCCAUUAACUUCCAGGCUCUUCCCAACUUGCAGGCUUUUACCUUCACCAAGGGUAUCAGCAAGGCCGGCAGCGUCGUCAUCACCAACACUGGUUUGACUACCUUGGCUGGUAUCAAGCUCUCUACUGUCGAGAAUUUUGACUUGACUGCCAACACCGCUUUGAUCUCCGUCAACGUCAACGACAUCAAGAACGUCACCGGUAACUUGGUCUUUGCUGCCAACAACAUGAAAUUGAUCAUUGAGUUGCCAAACUUGGUUUCUGCCCAGAACAUGACCUUCCGUAACGCCAGCUCCAUCUCCGUCCCAUCUUUGGCAAGUCUCGCCGGUGGAUUGGGUCUUAUUGGCAAUUCCAUCUCCAACUUCUCCGCUCCAAACUUGACCACCUGCGCCGACUUGGACUUUGAUAACAACGCCAACUUGGUCGAGAUCAGCAUGCCUCAGCUCACCACUCUCACUGGUGGUCUUUCUGUCUCCAACAACGACAAGCUUGACAUCAUCUCCUUCCCUAAACUUUCCAAGGUCCAGGGUGCUAUUGACCUCACUGGAGGCUAUACCAACGUGAGCUUGCCUGCUCUUACUCAGGUCAAGGGUGGAUUCAACGCCGAGAGCACUGGAAACUUCUCUUGCAGUGCCUUUGACAGCCUCCGCGCCAACAGCGUCAUCCAGGGUACCUACAACUGCACCCAGACCUCCCACCCCACCACCAUGGAUGGUAGCUCUGGCAGCUCUUCCUCCAGCUCCUCCUCUUCCUCCAAAUCCAGCGGUGCUGCUGUUGCCAACAUUGCCGUCCCCUCGAUGGGCGUCACCGCAGUCUUGGGUGCUCUCUUGACUCUUUUGAUGUAA